UUCAUGCAACAAAAGUCAUGAGGCUGGGCUGGAUGCGAGCUCUGGUUUGGGCCCUGUUUGUUGCAGGAAUCGUUCUGUAUAUAGCCUCAGUUAGAAAGGACAUCUGGACUCAUGAGGAAUAUCUACAUCAAGCCCAGCAGGAGUUUUCUGAACUCAGCCAGGACAUGCUGCACAGGCUGAAUGGAAUAGAGUCUCGUAUGCAGGAAAUUGUCCAGUCUUUCCAUGGUCAGGGGAACAUGCUCACAGUCAGCCCUGCAGUGAAGAGGGAGAAGAAACCAAUUGGAAAUCUUUUCCCAAACUCCAAACUCUUUCAGAGCUGGCAUCCGGAGCUGUCGGAGGAAGAGCUGCGAGAGGCAGAGGAGCUGUUUCAGAGAUAUGGAUACAACGUGUUUCUCAGCGACCGGACCCCUUUGGACAGAAACCUGCCUGAGACUCGAGACCACAGGUGUUUAACCAAGAAAUAUCCAUCAGAUCUCCCAACCAUCAGUGUAGUUCUGAUCUAUCUGGAUGAGGCUCUGUCUGUGAUAAAAAGAGCCAUUUACAGCGUGAUCAACAGAACUCCUGUGCACUUGCUGAAGGAAAUCAUUUUAGUUGAUGAUGGAAGCUCCAAUGACGAUUUGCAAGAGAAGCUGAAUGCCUUUAUCAGUGUUCUCCACAAGACUAGACCAGGUCUGCUUAAGAAGGUGAGGCAUGCAGAGCAGAUGGGUCUGACUGAAGCACGUGUCUCUGGCUGGGAGGUAGCCACAGGGGAUGUGGUUGCUAUCUUAGAUGCACACAUUGAGGUCCAUGUUCAAUGGGCAGAGCCUCUACUUGCCCGUAUUCAGGCUGACCGCAGAUUGGUGCUGAGCCCAGUCUUUGAUAAAGUGAAUUUCUAUGACCUGGAAGUGACUCCAUAUCCACCUGCAGCUCAUGGAUUUAACUGGGCUUUGUGGUGUCGAUAUGAAGUCUUCAGACAGGAAUGGUAUAAUCGCAAUGAUUUAUCACUACCUGCCAAGAGUCCCUCUGUGAUGGGCAUUCUUGUGGUUGAUCGGCUUUUCUUUGGCGAGAUCGGAACACUGGACAGGGGAAUGAAAACAUACGGUGGGGAGAAUGUGGAGCUGGGUAUCCGGGUAUGGCUGUGCGGGGGCAGUAUUGAGAUCAUACCAUGCUCUAAAGUGGCUCACAUUGAGAGAGCACACAAGCCGUAUGCACGAAGCCUUGAUGAAGUGAUGAAAAGGAAUGCCCUCAGGGUGGCAGAGGUCUGGCUGGAUGAAUACAAAAUUAAUGUUAAUGCUGCCUGGGACCUUCCACCAAGGGACCAUGGCAUAGACAUUGGAGAUGUAUCGGAGAGGAAAAGACUGAAGGAGAGGCUGCAGUGCAAGCCUUUUAAGUGGUACCUGGAUAACAUAUAUCCCCAGCUAGAUCCAAUGGAUGACCUGAUUGGGUACGGUGUGCUAAUCAACAGUAUGAAGAAAAAUGCAUGUGUUGAUCAGGGACCCAUUGCAGAGAACACCCCCAUCCUAUAUGAAUGUCAUCACAAGUUUUCACAGGUUUGUAGCUACAGAAAUCGUGGAGAGAUCACUAUAGGGAUGGGUAUAUUUGAAAAAGAACGCUGUUUGGUGGAUCCUGGUUCAGGAAGACUGCCACUACUAAACAUAUGCUCAAAGCAGAAAAACCUUUACAAGUACUGGGAUUUCAAACAGGGGCAUGCUAUAAAGAACAGAGACACAGGCCGGUGUCUUGAAAUUGCUCUUGGGCCAGAUGGAUACCAUCAGCUGUACAUUCAGGACUGCAGUGGACAAAGGUGGAUGAUACAGUACAUUAUCAGAGAUGAAAUAUAGUCAAAUGUAGGGGUGUUAAAAUUGUUAUAUGUCAAAGUAUUGCUAUAUAUUACUUGUAACUCUGUACAUUUACAUUUAGAUUGCAUGUAAAUUUGUUUAUUGUUUAAACUCUGACCACUAGAAAGCAGUGUAGUACCAUGUUGUCAGAUCCCGCUGUUUAAUUGCAUAAACAAAAUAAAAUCAUUUUUAAAAUAGUU